GGCGCGCAAAGCGCAGGCGCAGCGGGUUGGGUGGCAGCAGCAUCCAGUAGCGGCUGUUUGGGCAGCAGCAUCCUGCAACAGGUGUAGACAGGUCCCGCCUGACUCCAUCCUGGGAAGUCCUUUUGAAGAAAUGGCCCUGGUGAGGGGUGGCUGGCUGUGGAGACAGAGCUCUAUCCUUCGCCGCUGGAAACGGAACUGGUUCGCUCUGUGGCUGGAUGGGACCCUGGGCUACUACCACGAUGAGACUGCGCAGGACGAGGAGGACCGUGUGCUUAUCCGCUCCAAUGUUCGCAACAUAAAGAUCGGCCAAGAGUGCCACGAUGUGCAGCCCCCCGAGGGCCGGAGCCGAGAUGGGCUGCUGACCGUGAGUCUCCGGGAAGGCUCCCGCCUGCACCUGUGUGCGGAGACUCAGGAUGACGCCGUAGCUUGGAAGACUGCGCUGCUGGAGGCGAAUUCCACCCCGGUGCGUAUCUACAGCCCGUACCAGGACUACUAUGAGGUGGUGUCGCCCAACGCGUACGACGCCACGUAUGUUCGAAGCUACUAUGGACCGCCCUACGGACAGCCCUACCCAGGCCCCGGAGGCGUAACGCACGUGGUAGUGCGGGAUGAUCCCUGCUACAGCUCGGGGGCCCCGCUGGCCAUGGGCAUGCUCGCGGGGGCGGCCACCGGUGCGGCGCUGGGCUCGCUCAUGUGGUCGCCCUGUUGGUUCUGAGCCCUGAGACUCGGCGCAUAGUUUACUCCUUGACCCCACCCCUCCACCCAAGCCCUGCCCAACUUUGGCCUCUUCCUAUUAGCCAGGCGAAGCUUGGAUCUCCCCCUCCUACUCCCCACCCUCACCCCCAACAUGGGAAGAAGCUACCAUGGGAGGCACAAACGUUAACUAAAAAAUCCUUGUCUCUAC